GAAAAGCAAACUUAAGCGGUUGCCAUGGAUUCCAACAGUGAAGUCGUUAGCAUUAUACGUUCUUAUGAGGAUUUCAUGCCUUACUGCAAGUUCCAAAGAGAGGAACAAUACGAUACAUACCAGAUUCCUCUCCAUGGUUUCAAGAUUGCGCAAUUCAAUGUAUGCUUGAAUGAGGAGAAAGAGACCAUAAACAUUGAAGGCCAACGUCCUGUGGAUGGAACCAGAUGGAGUCGUUUCCGCCAAGAAUUCAAAGUGCCUUGUGAUGUUUAUAACACCGAGGAUAUUCAUGCAAGGUUUGGUUAUGGCGUUCUUUCCAUAAGGCUGCCAAAAAAGAAACCUUCAAAUGACGCAUCUGAUUCAGUUGUCAAAAAAAGUUUGCUUUCGAGGCUGAAAACUAGUAAAAUGGCGAUCCUGAGAAUUGCAAUAGCUGUUGUUGUGGGCGUGGCUGUUGGAGGUUACGUAACCUUCAAAUGCUUGCCAUCCAAGCACGCUAUUGAGAAGCACUAAUCAAUUAAAACUCGUAUGAGUCUAGUGCCUUUGUUAAUAUUCAUAUAUGCAUUAUUCGUAUGAGUCUAGUGGUGGAGGCAGAAACCUUUUAUAGAGGGGCACCUUAUAUAUUGAAAUAUAUAUUUUUUUACUGUGA